ACUCCAUCUGCUGUAAAAGCAGCACACUUCCCACAGCAGCCGUGACUACCCGCCCAUCAACCCCCCAUAUCUCACACGUACACACCUGACCUACCCCACGCACCCCCCACUCUCCGUCAGCCUACAAAUUGAGCUGGACUUCGAUGACCAUGCAUGCUUGCCCUACAACUCGCAUGCUGACUUUAGUAUCAUGGAUGACGGCCCCCUCCCAAGAAACGAGACAUUCGUUCAUUCUUCUUCAAAGUCAAGAAUAUAUGGAGGAGAAACAAGCUGACAAUAGAAAGAAGUCACCAAAAAUAUGUGGCACCAACUACCCACUCAGCAUUUCCUUCAUUGUAGUCAAUGAGUUCUGUGAGAGAUUCUCUUAUUAUGGCAUGAAAGCGGUGCUCACACUUUACUUCAUCCAUUACCUCAACUGGAGCAAGGACUUCUCCACUGCUAUAUACCAUGCAUUCUCUGGACUGUGCUACUUUACUCCUCUAAUAGGGGCCAUCAUAGCUGACUCAUGGCUGGGAAAGUUUAAAACCAUCAUCUAUCUGUCAAUCGUGUAUGUCAUGGGACAUGUAAUAAAGUCUCUUGCUGCAAUGCCAUCUGUAGGGGACAGCACUGUGCACAUUGCUCUGUCCAUGUUGGGGCUCAUCCUCAUUGCUUUCGGGACUGGAGGAAUCAAACCUUGUGUGUCAGCGUUUGGUGGGGACCAAUUUGAGGAAGAGCAUCCAGAGGAGAGAAGAAAGUUCUUCUCAAUCUUCUAUAUGUCAAUCAAUGCUGGGACUAUGCUUUCGACCCUCAUCAUACCAAUUCUAAGAGGUGACGUUCACUGUUUUGGAGGUGAUUGCUAUGCUCUUGCCUUUGGAGUUCCUGCGGCUUUAAUGUUCAUCGCUUUGGUGGUUUUUAUUCUUGGCAGUGGGCUAUAUAGAAAGUCCCCACCUGAGGGAAAUGUCUUGUUGAAUGUCUGCAAGUGCAUUGGGUUUGCCAUAUGCAAUUGGUGGAGAAGCAAAGAGAAAAGACCAAGACGGAAUCACUGGCUGGACUGGGCUGAAGAGAAGUAUUCGAAAAUUCUUAUUCAGGAGAUCAAAAUGGUGCUCCGUGUGCUGGUUCUCUACAUCCCAUUGCCCAUGUUCUGGGCUCUCUUUGAUCAGCAGGGAUCUCGCUGGACUCUACAGGCCACAUGGAUGAACAUGGAUUUUGGUGGAGGUUUUGUAAUAAAGCCUGAUCAAAUGCAGAUGCUGAAUGCUUUGCUCAUUCUGGUGUUCGUUCCUAUCUUUGACAUGGGUGUGUACCCGCUCAUCGGUCUUUGUCGGAUUAACCUCACGCCUCUAAGGAAGAUGACCGCAGGAAUGAUCCUUGCUGCACUCGCUUUCUGUGCUGCAACUGUAGUGGAAGUCAAUGUCAUUAAAACGGGUGUGGAACCUCCACCAGCCAAAGAGUGUUUGCUACAAGUCCUUAACCUUGUUAAUGGAGAGGCUGUGUCUGUAGAAAUUACAGGACAUAAUAUUUUCCCUGACAAAAUAGAAUCAUAUAAGGAUCCUUUGGAAUACACUAGAUUUCCACUUGAGGAUGUCAGCCAAGUCUUCCCAGUCACUGUUUCUCAAAAUGGAGUGGCUCACCAGUGCCAACUUAACGUCAGUGAGCACACUGCCUAUAGCCUCAUCUUGUAUAGUGAGGGCACUAGUAUUGAGUGUAAACAGGAAAAGGAUAAUAUCAUUAAAUCUAAGAAUGGAGAAGCCUUCCUCAGAUUCAUUAAUAGCCGAUCAGAGGAUAUGAACAUAACAGUAGGCAGUAUAACAUUCUUUGCACCAAGCAGUUACGGGAUCUCUGAAAGCAAAAGUGUUGAAAGAGGAAGAUACACGGAAGUUUCCUGCGUAUCACAGACAAAGACACAUCUUAUUGAUCUGGGGCUUCUUGACUUUGGUGCCACCUACACAUUCAUUCUUGGCGGGGACACAGAAGCCAUACAAAUUAAUAAGACUGAGGAUGUCCAGGCAAACAAUGUGCACAUUGCUUGGCAGAUCCCACAGUACGUCCUCAUCACUGCAGGGGAGGUCAUGUUCUCAAUCACUGGUCUAGAAUUUUCAUAUUCACAGGCCCCAGCGAGUAUGAAGUCUGUGCUGCAAGCAGGAUGGCUUCUUACUGUGGCUUUUGGGAAUGUCAUUGUGGUGAUUGUGGCAGAGGGAGCUGGGCUGGAGCAGUGGUCAGAGUUUCUGCUCUUUGCUGCACUGCUGGUUGCAGUCAGCAUCAUCUUCUCCAUCAUGGCCUAUUUCUACACCUAUGUUGACCCUGAUCAGAUGGCCAAGCUCGCCGAAGAAGAUGAAAACAUGGCUGACUUCAAGGAGAAAGAAAAUGAGAAUAUGGACAUUUGCAUAUGACCUCAGGAUUGACCCUUGCAUAUGCAUUUUAAGAUUCAUGCAAAUCUACGGAUGUACUCAUGAGUUACAACUGAGUAAAUACGGUUCCGCCUCAUUAGUAUUGAUUGACAAGUGGCAGCCAUAGUGUUUACAAAUGGCAACAUGAUUUGAUAAUUAUUGAAUUUAACACUCUACCAUUCAUCUAUUGAUUAUCUAUACCACUUAUCAGACAGGGUUGCAGGGGAAGCUGGAGCCAGUUUAUCCCCAUGCUGAAACCAAAGUUGUGAAGAUAGGUAAAAAAAUAAAAUAAAAUCCUAGGACUAGUUUGCAAAAGUAAAUAAUGCAAAUAGCAAAAAAAAAUCUAGGUGGCUGGAGAAAAAUUGUUCUUACGGCUUUUUUGUUUGGGAGAACCCAAGGAAUCAGUGGAAACUAGAAAAGCACUCAGACAGCGCAGACCUCCGCCAAGAAUCCUUUAAAAAAAUCUGGGAUCCAGAAGGUGAUCCAGAUCACUGCCAAAAUUUAAUGGAUUGUUACUUGUGCCCAGUCACACCUCUGGAAAAAAAUUUCAGAGCAAUCCGCUCAUUACUUUUUCCGUAAUGUUGCUAACAGACAAACCAACAAACAAACCAACGCUACUGAAAACAUAACAUAACCUCCUUGGCGGAGGUAAUAAUAAUAACUAGAAUGCAUUUCCGGAGAAAAUGCGAAAGUGUGCUUGCUCAGGUGCGCCAUAGCGCCAUAGCGACCCGGCAAGAGAGGCGACCGCAUGCCCAUACAACAAGUUUUGUGUCAACGCGCGAAAGUUUUGCCAAGACACAAGACAGAUUCUCAUACGGAGAUGACAGGCUGGCAAGGUUCUUUACAGGGACAUCCCAGAGCAUCACUAACAUGAAAAUUUAGAUGUAAUUCUAAAUCCGUAAAGAGAUAUGACCCAAAACACAUUUUUGCUCAUUGUGGCACCCCCUAGUGGCCAAAUGACACCAAAUUUGAUGAGCAUACAUGAACUGGUGCUGAAAGUCAUCUCAACAAAUAUGGUCUUGAUGCGUCAAAGCGUUUCUGAGACAUGAGCCAAAAUACUUUUUUGCUAAUUGUGACACCCCCUAGUGGCCAAAUGACACCAUAUUUGAUGAGGGUAGUUUGAUGGUGUCCAAAGUGACGUCACUAAAUAUGGUCUUGAUACGUCAAAGCGUUUCCGUGAUAUGAGCUCACUUCCUGUUUGGUGGCGUUGCCAUCAAUUUUGAUUGGCUGCCAUGGGCGAACGCUUCGAUAUAUGAGAGCGAAACAAAUAUUAUUCAUUAGGCAUGGACUGAAGAUCAUGUGUGCCAAGUUUCGUGAUGAUCGGACAAAACAUGCGGCCAGGGUCACUCUACCUUUACUUUGGACAAAAUUCAAAAUGGCGGAAAAUCUAUUUAGGCUGAGAAUUACGUCAUAGGGUGCAUUGGAAUCGUCUAGCUCCAAGGAUUCCAACAGCACCAGACUUAUGAAAAUCGGACAUACAGAUCAAAAGUUACGUGUAUGAACGCAUGUAAGAUUGUGAUCAGUUGGUGGCGCUAAAGCGUGAGACGUACCAACAUGAAACUUGAUGAAAUCAAUCAGGGUCCACUCCUCUAUAAGUGUACCAAGUUUUAUGACUUUACACCUUACAACUUGGCCUACAGAAGGAAAAAUCUGUUUUUUUGCGUCGAGCGCCCAUUCAUUUCAAUGGGGAAAAAUUAAUCCUUUAAAAAAAAUCCCGGAUCCAGAGGGUGAUCCGGAUCACUGCCAAAAUUUAAUGGAUUGUUACUUGUGCCCAGUCACACCUCUGGAGAAAAUUUCAGAGCAAUCCGUUCAUUACUUUUUCCGUAAUGUUGCUAACAAACAAACAAAAACACUACCGAAAACAACCUCAUUGGGGGAGGUAAUAAAGAACUUUAUUUGUAAAACUUAAACACUCACUUUCCUGAGUUUCAUGUCUCUACAACUUACAAUUUAGUCUACACUAUUCAUUUUAAAGAAGAAGAAGUCGUCUCACAAUUACAAUAGAGUUUCUGAUGGGCCCAUGACCUUCAGUGCAUGGAACCUUAAUAAUGAACUGACAGAAAUACUGAACAUCCAGCAAAAGCUUUAUUGAAUGUAAGCUUGACUGAAUAUUUCUGUCAUAAUAAUGAGGUGAAGGCCAGGGGCAUUUCUAGCUGUUGAAAAGACCAGGGGCUAAGUCAAAUUUUCCUGGAGCUUGUAUUAUUUAAGGAAGAUUGGCACAGAUAGCUUGGGGAUGUUAUAUCUAACUUUACAAGAAAUAUUAUCGCCCACGCACAUUCAAAGGUUAUGACAUCUUUAUUACUGAUUUUUGCACUGCUCUUUUUAAAUUUGUGUAGUUCACUUUACUUUCUGUCUCAUUAUUAUUAUCAUCAACACCCAGGUCUUAGGAAACUGAAGCAUGUGUCAAUUGACUAUUAAAUCACAAGUAAAAUUUAUCAUCAGUUUAAUAAUCAUCUAAUUUUUCACUCACAUAUAUCUCCUUUAGGACCACAAAGACUAAUUCUAAGCUACAUUAUUAUAUUACAGCAUUCAAAAUCCCAGAUGACAUCCCAUCUCACAAGACCAUGAUCAUAUAUGUCUUCCAAGUCUCUCUCUCUUUCUCUCUCACUCACUAUUUCUCUCUCUCUCUCUCUCUCUCUCUCUCUCUCACACACACACACACACACACACAUAUAAAUACCAUGAGCUGCUGCACUUAACAGCCUGGAUGCAUUUUCUCCAAUGCAUCCAGGCUCAGUUGAUUGCAGCAGCUCAUUUGUAGUAUCUGGACAACACAAAUUUAUGUUGACAUUAAUAUUGCAUUAAUAUAGCAAAACAAAAAACUUUUAUCUCCAUAUGUGACUAAUAUGCUAAAGGCUGGCUAUGGUAUGGUUGGCUGGCUGGUUCUGCGUCGGCUACAUGUAGCAUUAAAACGUAUGAUUAAAUUAUGUCAGGGCAACUAUUGGUGUCUACAUGAACACAAAUUGUUGUUGACCUGUUAAAUAAAUUUAGUCAGGGCAAAUAGCCCACCACUGUGGAUAUUCUUUAAAUCACUCAAACUUUUGAGCUAGCCUGGCACACUAAAGUCAACAUAACCAGGCUACACUGAGCGGUUUUUGUGCAUCAACAUAAUUCGCUAGGUAUAAACACCCAUGGUCAAUGACUUACCAUCUGUUUUCAUCUUCUUAUCUUAUCUCAUUAUCUCUAGCCGCUUUAUCCUUCUACAGGGUCGCAGGCAAGCUGGAGCCUAUCCCAGCUGACUACGGGCAAAAGGCAGGGUACACCCUGGACAAGUCACCAGGUCAUCACAGGGCUGACACAUAGACACAGACAACCAUUCACACCUACGGUCAAUUUAGAGUCACCAGUUAACCUAACCUGCAUGUCUUUGGACUGUGGGAGAAACCGGAGCACCCGGAGGAAACCCACGCGGACACAGGGAGAACAUGCAAACUCCACACAGAAAGGCCCUCGCCAGCCACGGGGCUCGAACCCGGAUCUUCUUGCUGUGAGGCGACAGCGCUAACCACUACACCACCGUGCCGCCCUGUUUUCAUCUUGAAAAGUAAAAAAAAACAAUCCACUAUUGUUGGAAGUCGUCUUCCAACCAGUUCUGAAUGUUCGUGUGUUGGUGGUUACCAAAAUUUUGAACGUGCACUGUGCAGUGCUCGAUUAUGCACACAUUUUCACUUCUUGGAGAUAGUUGGAAGUGUUGGAUCAGCCUCGGUGUUCCACUGCUUGGACUCGGCCAACACACCAGUUAUAGCCCCCCACCCCCAAACAAUUAUUUGGGGGAGCUAAGCCAUGAGUUAAUCCAGAUAGACCUUGAUCAGAUCGAGCUCCUUCUGGUUCUCCCAGAGUUGCUUAUUCUGGGCCUGUAUGCACUGAUAAAAAUCUGCUGCCUCCAUGGUCUGGUCUUGUUUCCGUCAUAAUAAUUUUAUUUUAAAUAAAGUGAAAAACAACCAGAACAAAACUAUCUGCAUGAACACAAAAUAUAGACAAAGAACUGACAUUAGCAUGAGUCACACUAUUAAAGCAAGUCAACCAAAUACAUUAUAACUCAAAGUGAAAUAAAUAAGACACAACUAAUGUGCUAAUUGAUUUGCUAAACUAGACACAAUAAGACACAGGUAAGGGUGAUCUGUGAGUCAGAUGACAGGUUCAUGGGAUGUGCAGGGGCUGAUUUGUAGUGUGACAAUCUGACAGUUUCAGCAAGGCAGGAGUUAAAAAUCUUCAAUCAAUUAAGUUUGUGGUCGCAGUGGCAAUGCAUGUUUAUAAUAAUCUGAUAGCCGGUACAGAGACAGAAUUUGCAUGCUAUAACACAGAAAUUAAUAAUCCUGCUGUGUAUUUAGAUAUAUAUAAGCAAUAGGAGUGUCCAAUUAAAAUGAAAAAACAUACCAUGCAUAUUGAUGUAAAAUGGCCUUAAUCUGUAAACCUGAGUUACCUGAUUUGUAUACAUUGUUGUUUUGGACUUUUACUGCAGUUGUAAUUGACAUUACUGGAAAUGUAUUAUCACGAGGGAUAAAUAAAU